AUCAAAUGCAAAUUGUUAUUCUUUACAGAUUAAACAUUUGCCUAGCAAUCAACGGUUCAAUGGAAAAUGUUGAAACAAUUAUCAUAAAGUGUUUCCAAUUCCUAUUCAAUGAAUAGCUUUUCAAAUGAUAAUCAAAUUAUAAACUCUAAAAUGAAACUCAAAUAAGGUUACACUGAAAACAUCCAUUAAAAUGGCUACUGAGGUUAAAAGGCUUUUUCAGUGGCAACAGGAAAACAGGAAGAUGAGAUUGAAACUCAGAUGAUAUUGAAGAUGACAGGUUAUUGAUGAUGUAGAUCAUUAUCAUGAGCUGUAAAUAAAUAUUCAAUUGUUAACAAUGGGUUGAACAUGAACCAAACAAAACCAUAAAUGUAAAAUAUUCCAACAUGAAUAAAUGAACAUUAAAAAAAGAUCUGAUCAAUUCAGAUUCUAAAAGGACUGACAAUGUGAGAAUAAGAAAGAAAAAUUCAGUCUCGAUAUUAUUUCGUGAUUAGAUUACAUUAAAAGGUGAAACAUUUAAUGGACAAAAAUUAACUAAUCAAUUUGGUUUAGCUAGUUUUUGGGUUUAACUUGAAUUCCAACCUGUUAAUGAUGAUAUCAUCACAAUUGAUUUCUUGGUUAUUCACCAAGUACAAUAGCAACCUUUAAUGGAUUCAUGUUUAAUAAUGAUUCUGCCGCUUAUUUAACUCUGAGUUAUCUCUGAAGCUCACAUGGUUAAUCAAAAUUCAUCAAUCUUUCAUUUACACUCAACAAAUUUUUCUUGAAUAAUCUGUAAACAUUUAAAUUAGCUAAAGGUUUCAUCCAUUUUAUACUUGAAUCAUUAUAAACCAAAAAGAACCUUACAAUUUAUAUUUAGCUGAAAACAUUGCAUUCCAAUGAAUGUUAAGUUCCUAUGAUGAUAAUGUUAAUGUUAAUCAGAGAAGCUAAUUACACCAAUCAUUCUAAUUAACAAGUGUUUAAACCAUUUCAAGAAUCUAAUGACCUUCUUCAAAAGCAUAAUUCAAGUCUUGGUGAUCAAUGGAUCAAUGGACUCCAAUAGACGAAUUUUGAAAUUCACUUUUGAAUGGUUGGCAAAGUUGAUUAAAUCAGGGGAUAGUUCUUUAACAAUCACAAUUAAAAGACACUUUGUUGAUUAGUUCAACUCAAUUCGAUCCGACUCAAUACUUUGACUCUGAGAAAUGAAUAAACACAAGAAAUGAACAACAAUAAAUGAUAGAAAUAAUUAAAGCCAAAACCAAAUAUCAAAACCAAGACCAAAUUUUUAAGUCUUGGUUAAACCUAAACAUUGGGUUGACAUUAAUGUACCCGAUAUUGACUAAUUUUUUAUCGAUAUGUCCUCAUAAUUCUGUCAACCCAAUUUUUCAUUCUAACUUCAUUUCUAUUUCAGAUGUAUAAUGUAUUUAACAGGACAAUAAGUCAAUAUGAAGAUUGAAAAUUGAAUAAAUGUAACUAUCAUUGAAGAUGAUUUAGGUGAUAGUUAAGAUAACCCAAUUUUGUCUUUAUAAAUUAACAGGAUUAAAGAUUAUCAUGAAUUUAGAUGAGCUAUUAUUCACAGGGAAUUAAUUAGCCACGCAAAAGAUGAAUCUAUUCAGUAAGCCAUAACGCUCAUUGAAAGGGAAGCAAGAAUCGGUAGACGAUAUUGUUGUUCAGGAAAGAUGUACAGUUGGUGAAAAUGAAUGAAGAUGAUUAUUGGAACAGUGGAGGAUGAAGAUGACAAUGAACAUCUUUUUGUUGAACAUCAACAUUAUGAUCCUUUCAAGCCAUACAGACUAUUGAAUGAUAUUUUUACGUUACUUAUUCACCUUUCAGGUUUGUAUCAAAGUUGAACUCAUCUUUAAAAGUUUCUUUUUUUUUCUUUUAUCAAUUUUUAAGGCCAAAGCUUUGUAUUGAUCUCAACCAAGCAACCUAAAUACUCGCCAUUUGUUAAUUAAUUACCAACUAUAACGGGCUUUAAGACUAAUUGGUGAACAAAAAGGAUGGGAGAAAAAUCGUUGUUCCAUUAAAAUGGUGAAGUCUAUUUUAGGACGAUCACACCAUAAAUUCAUCUUCAUUUCACUGUUAGCUUUUUGCGCGCAAACAUCUCAUGAUCUGAUCUCCAUUGUCUCUGGUUCGUCUAAAAACGGUGAUCCCAUCAUCAUAAUACUCGGUCCUCCAGGAUCGUCUUUACCUUCUUCCAGUGGAGCCAUGGGACAGAUUGAGUCAGCUCUUUCAGAUCGUGAUUCCUCUGGUUCAAUUUCAAGAUCAAGUUUCAACCUUUUCCGCUCAUCGUCAACAGAUAAAAAGGAUAAAAAAGAUGGACCUCACAUUAUCUUCAUCGGUGGUUCAGCAGCUAGUCCCAUGAAUAAUAACAACAAUAACAACCACAAUGGAAACAACGGUCCCAUUAUGGGUUCAAUGCAAGGUCCACCAAACCUGAGCUCAAUCUUAGGAGGUUCAAGUGCAGGAGGAGCUGGUAUGGGAGUUGCUGGUGGACCAGGAAUGAACAACUUCAUCGGUGGUAACAAUAACGGCUUUGGUCCGAAUGGUGCACCAAACCUCCAAGCAGGACCCAUGAGACGAGGCUCCAAUGGUCCUGGUAUAAGUGUUUCUGGUACCAAUAGUUAUGCUCCUUACCCGAUUAAUCCUGUCGCUAAUAGUGGAUCCAUGGCUCCUAACUAUCCUUACAUACCUUAUGUGAUGGGUGGCUAUAAUGCUCCUACUGGUCCUUCUGGAUAUCCAGCAAGCAAUUAUGACUACCCUGACUAUUCUUGGAGUGGAUGGAGAAGAUAAAUUGAAUCACUUAUCCUAAUUCAAUUAAGUUUACCUAAGGUUAGCUUUUUCAAUAACAUUAAUUGUAAUCUAUUCUCUAUGACAAUUAAGAACCAAAGGUUUUAUUUAUUUUUUUAUACGCUUUUCAGUAGCAUGUUGUUCAAGGCAUCAAAGCUUAAAAUUUCAAUAUUAAAAUUACUUUUUUUUCAA